AAUGCUACAGAAUAUUCGACUGAGCCUGCAAACUCCACUAAUGAGGUAUCAGUUCCUGGCUUUAGUAAACAAACCAAGGUCAUCCUGAAGAUUUCACUUGUUGUGCUACUUUAUAUAGUAAAUAACUAUAUAAAUGGAAUGCUUAUUGCAGUUUUUUUCAAGCACCAUGUUUUUCAUGGCAACUCUCGCUAUGUUUUGUUUAUCCACCUGGUAUUCAAUGAUAUGUUGGAUAUUAGUGUUCUAUUAAUCAUGCACAUUUGGGUUGAGACUAUCCAAAUGAUGUCAGUGCCACUUUGCUAUUUUUUAAUGGCAAUAGCAAUUACCACAACGUAUAACACUCCUUUGAAUCUGGGAGUGAUGGCUCUUGAACGUUAUAUAGCUAUCUGCAAACCAUUACAUCACCCAAAAAUCUGCACCCUCCGCAGAACAUACAUCAUCCUUGGCAUAAUGUGGCUGAUCAGUUUUAUUUCUCCGGCCUCAGACAUUAUCAUUGUCUUCAAUGUGGAGCCUUUAAGUUUUUUCUGCACUGAAAUUACAUGCGUAUCUAACAGCUUCCUCCGAACUGAAGCUCAGUCACUUAAAAGAGACCUCAUGAUAAUUUCAUAUUUUGCACUUGCCUGGCUUACAAUGGCUUUCACUUACAUUCAUAUUGCUAUCACAGCACGAUCAGCCAGUCGCUCUGAAAAAUCUUCUGCUAGGAAGGCUUACAAUACAGUUUUGCUGCAUGCCAUACAGCUCACUCUGAGCACACUUAUGUUUCUUGUUCCACUUGUCGACAGUAUUUGGCUAUAUUUUCAUAAACAGGAUCCAAAAGAUGUACAAUAUUAUACACAUAUAUUAAUAAUUUUGUUUCCACGUCUUUUGAGUCCUCUCAUUUAUGGAGUAAGGGAAGAAAACUUCAGAAAAUACCUAAAAGGAUACAUGAAAUGUUGUACUUUGGAAACAAAAGAGCUGUCCAAUCAGGCCACAAAACAUAAACAGAUGAACAGAGGUGAGGGAUGAACAAGAGAUAAAAGAAUUUAACAUUAUGACUUAACACAGUUUUACCCUCCAAGCAUAAUCAUCAUAAUUACACAGAGAAGGAGAAGAAACUAACAGCAAUGACUUUAGAAUAAUCCUGGACAUACUAUAGUCGCACAAAUAUAAAAAAUAAAAGUACAAACUAAAGUAGGAAAUCUUUCUGAUAAAAGUGCUUCAUCUGCCUGAAUGAAUUAGGAGGAGAAGCUUUUAUUAAGGGCUUCUUUUAAAUUGUUAAGGUCAGAAAAUUAAAUAGCCUCUUUAUUAUAAUUGUAUAUGUAAUAAGUCAUAAUAUGAUUUAAUGUGCCUGGGUGUCUACAAGAACCCUGCAACAGACUGUUGGUACAAUGAUGUAGAUUUUAUAGAACAUACAUUUCACAACUUGAUUCAUUCAUAACUUACAGAUUCUUUAGUUUCAAAUAUUUACUCCCUUGCUAAACCUACAAUUUCUCAUUUUACCUUCCCUGAGAUUCUCUUUCUGUGAAAUAUUGCACC